GUGCCUCGCAGGCCGCGAGCGAGUGGCUGAGAGGGUUCGAACCUGUGUGGUGGACCGGGACUGUGUGGUGACCCAGUGGUCCACUUGGUCCACCGUCGUCCCUGGAUGCGUCGCUCCAAGCGGACUGGUGGUUCGCGAAGUGCGGGAACGACGACGGACCAGCAGUGCCCUCCAGCACGGGGCCGGUGUCCCCUGCCCGCACCUACUGGAGCGUCACACCCUACCAGAUCCCUCCCUCCAGCCCUGCGACACCAGGUACCAGUGGGUGAGCUCGGCGUGGGGGCCGUGCGUGGCCUCCGUGGGCCAUGACGAGGCGGUCGUGCUGUGUGGCGGAGGCGUGCAGGCACGUGAGCUCACGUGCGUCCGUGCCUCAGACCACGUGCCCGUACCUGAUGAGCUGUGUGUGCACGUGGAGCCGCCUCCCCGCGUCCAGAGAUGUGAGGUUGGGUGUGAGCGUGACUGUGUGGUGGGCCCUUGGUCGGCCUGGGGCGUGUGUACCCCUACUGACUGUACCGCCUCUCCUCCCCCUGCCACCCCAGGGUUCCGGCGUCGUCGUCGCCAAGUAGUAGUGACUCCGAGUGCUGGAGGUGGUGAGUGCCCGCCGCUGGAGGAGCAGAGUGAGUGUCAGGAAGCACAGUGCCACCAGUGGGUGGUGGGGGGCUGGACCCCCUGCCUCCUCACCAACCCCUCCCACACCUGUGGCCAGGGACACCAUACUCGCAACGCCUCUUGUCUCGACAGUGCCGGCGCUGCUGCUCCCCGAGAGGAGUGUGAGGAGGAGCUGGGGUUGGCACCGGGGCGCCAGGAGUGCCACGUCCCCUGCUCUUUCGACUGUGUUGUGGGGCAGUGGUCGCCGUGGUCCCCUUGCACUCGACCCUGCGCCAGUCAGCUCCACGUGGGAUUCACUCAGCGCAACACCACCAUCGUGGCUCCACCUGGACCCGGAGGGAUGCCGUGUCCUCCACCGGACGAGCUGACGCAGGUGGAGACGUGCCGGGUGGAGCCGUGUGGAGGGGCGUCCUGGGUGGCGGGGCCCUGGGGCGGGUGUGCCCUGCCCGCCGGCGCCGCCUGUGGUCCUGGGCGCCAGACCCGCCCACUACAGUGUCGAGACCACAACAACAACACUCUCUCCACCUACAGGUGUUCCGGCCUCAGCCGACCUGACCUGGAGCGUCCCUGUGAGGUGUCUUGUGGCACCGCCUGUACCGUCACGUCCUGGAGCGAGUGGUCACCCUGCCUCGCCCCGGACCCCUGCCCUAUAGACGGAGUGUUGGUGUCGUCGGUGCAGCGGCGGUGGCGACGAGUGCUGGUGCAGCCCAGUGAGGGAGGUAAGGCGUGCCCCAGCCUGGAGGAGGAGCGAGGGUGUGCCCACGCCCCCGUGGCCUGCACCACCCACCACUGGCGUGCGGGUCCCUGGACGCGCUGCACCCUAGCCGAUGACGUGGAGUGCGGCCCGGGCUACAGGGUAAGACGAGUGGAGUGUGUGGACGCUGCUGGGGAGGUGGCAGAGCCCACCCACUGCUUACUUGGGGACCACAUAGUGCCAGAGAGCAGCGUUGAGUGCCAGGUGUCAUGUAAGGAGGCGUGUGUCAUCUCGUCGUGGUCAGCAUGGACAGUAUGUCCUACUCAUCCGCCCUGCGGCCACUCCUCCAUCAGGACACGUCAACUUCUGGAUGGCAGUGAGAGUAACCCGGAGUGUGAGGACGUCUCCCUGAUGGAGAGCCAGGAGUGUCCUUGUCACAACUUCUACUCCACACCCACGGGGUCAUGGUCGGUGUGUGUGGUGGGUGUGGAGCAACACGGGGGUGUGGCAGUAGCACCAGUACAGGAGCUGGGUGUGUGUGGGGUGGGGAGGCGGUACAGGGCCCUCCUCUGUACCAGGGACGAUGGUGUGCUCGCUCACCCGAGGUCAUGUGGGCACAGCGGGGAGGAGGAGGAGCCGUGUAUGGUGGAGUGCCCCUCGGAGUGUGGUGUGGGCCCCUGGACCCCCUGGGCCGCCUGCAACGCCUCCUGUGGCUCCACACUCCAGCACAGGACCAGACAGAUCGAGGAGCCCAGCUUGUGGGGAGGACGACCUUGUCCUGAGACGAGCCAGAGCCGAGCGUGCUGGGGGCCGUGUAGUGCCGUCUGGGUGCCGGGGGGCUGGUCAGAGUGCCACAUUACCAAUAACACGGACUGUGGCAAAGGCAUCCAAACACGAAGUGUCAGGUGCAUGGCGGAGGCGGCGACGGGCCUGCAGCAACAGGUACCGGAGGACCACUGCGACUCCUGGCUCCAGCCUCCCACCCACCAGACCUGUCACAUCUCCUGUCCCGGAGACUGUGUCCUCUCCUCCUGGUCCCCCUGGUCACCCUGCCCUCAGGGCUGCCCGGAGGGAAGCCGACGCAGCAGGAGUCGGGAGGUGGUGCGUCGCCCUGUGGGGAGUCUGGUCACAUGCCCGCCCCUGACGGAGCAGGAAGCAUGCAUCAAGGGAGCGUCGUGCUGGAGCUACACCUGGCUAGUGGGAGACUGGACGUCCUGUGUGCCACUGGGACACUCCUCCUGCGGUGAAGGUGUCCGCAAUAGACCAGUAACCUGUGUUAGGUCUGGGGGCCUCCCCGUGCCUGAGUGGAUGUGUCCGCGAGGUACCCGACCCUCGCCCAAAGAGACCUGGUGCUACGUGGACUGUCCUAUUGACUGUGAAGUCACACCCUGGACCCCCUGGGACGACUCCAAGUGCUCCUGUGGCGAGAACCGUAAGUGA